AUGCAUGAGUUUCGUCUUAAUCUGCCCAGUAUUGCCCUGCUUUAUCUGUUCUUCCUCAUAGUUUUACUACUACCUCAUUUCCGUGCCAAAGGAUCUUCGUUGGUCACUGUUCCUAUCAAUCGGGCAUUGCCUAAUGCACCCAACGGAUACACCCCCGAAGGCGAGGUCUGCCCUUCGAAUCGGCCAUCAGUCCGUAAUGCCACUUCCCUAUCGACUGCCGAGACCUCCUGGCUGAAAGUCCGAAGCAACAAUACCAGAGACGCCCUGAAAGCGUUUCUCAGCCGAGUCGACCUCGGUUCUUUCAAUGGGUCUGCCUAUGUUGAUAACCAUUCAUCUAAUGCGUCUACCUUGCCCAUUAUCGGACUUGCAGUGUCUGGUGGUGGCUAUCGAGCCUUGAUGAAUGGCGGGGGUGCACUGCAGGCGUUUGAUGAUCGGACCACGAACUCAACUCUCAAAGGCCAGGUGGGAGGUAUCCUACAGUCGGCUACUUAUCUUUCAGGACUGAGUGGUGGAAGUUGGUUGGUUGGGUCGAUCUAUAUGAACAAUUUUUCUGAUGUAUCGUCGCUGCAGGACAAUGGUUCUGUGUGGCAGUUUCAGGAUUCUGUCUUCAGUGGUCCAACUCAAAGUACCGAAUGGAACAUCAGCACGGUCAAGUACUAUUCACAGUUGUUGAGUGCGGUGAAUGGGAAAUCAGACGCCGGGUACGAGGUGUCUAUCACAGAUUACUGGGGUCGCUCUCUCUCCUACCAACUCAUCAGCGCGCCUGAAGGUGGUGUCAGUUAUACCUGGUCGUCGAUUGCUCUGAGCAAGGACUUCCAGGCCGGAACGAUGCCCAUGCCCUUGGUUAUCGCUGAUGGUCGAGCUCCAGGAGAGAUUCUAGUACCCGCGAACAGUACGGUGUUCGAAUUUAACCCUUGGGAAUUUGGGAGCUGGGACGCAUCGCUGUCCGCCUUUGUCUCCCUAGAAUUCCUGGGAUCAAAUUUCUCGAACGGGACACUACCGACAGGCGAGAAAUGUGUUCGAGGGUUCGAUAACGCCGGGUUCGUCAUGGGCACGUCGUCGUCCCUUUUCAAUCAAGCAUUCCUCCAGAUAAACAACACCGGCGCGCCUGCAGCAGUGAAGAACUCAAUUGGUGGCAUUCUGGGGAGAAUUGGGUCCCAGAACAACGAUAUUGCCGUCUACAAGCCUAACCCUUUCUUUGGCUAUGCGAGCUCGUCCCAAUACACAACCUCUGCCACAUUGACCUUGGUUGACGGCGGAGAAGAUCUCCAGAACAUCCCGCUAGAUCCCCUUCUGCAGCCCCAGCGCCACGUUGACGUGAUUUUGGCUCUCGACUCGUCCGCCGACACCACCUCAAGGUGGCCCAACGGAACGUCCAUGGUCGCCACGUAUGAACGAAAUGUAGGCUCUUCGCGAACGAACAGUGGCCUAGCUUUCCCCUCUGUGCCUGAUCAGAACACAUUCGUCAACCUUGGGUUGAACAACCGCCCGACAUUCUUUGGCUGCAACAGCUCAAACAUCACUGGCUCCGCCCCUCUUGUCGUCUAUAUUCCCAAUGCCCCUUAUAUAUACCUGUCAAAUGUGUCCACAUUCGAUCUUCAGUAUAAUACCAGUGAACGCAACGCCAUUAUCGAGAAUGGCUACGAUGUGGCAACACUGGGAAAUGGAACACUCGACUCCAACUGGCCGUCUUGUCUUGCUUGCGCUAUACUAAGUCGGAGCUUUGAACGUACAAAUACAACCUUUCCGGAUGUCUGCUCGACAUGUUUCAGGAAUUACUGUUGGAAUGGUACCACCAAUGCGACGAAUCCUGGAAAUUAUUAUCCGACAUUAAAACUUCACUAA